GGAAUCGAUUUAAAUGGUCUCAGUCUAUUCUUCCACAGCUCAGCAACCAAUUCUCUAUUACAAAGAGCUGCAAUGAGCGUCAUUUGGCGGAUCCUUAUUUUAGUUUUUAGACAUUAGUUCAUAUGCCAAAACCGAGGACCCAUGUAAAGACUACAUAGAAUCGUCAGAAUCACGGCGAAGACUGUCUUUUCCCAGUACAUAUAUUCCCUGCAAUGAAUCUGCCCGGUCGACUGGAUGGUUCCGCAUAACGGGGGAGGCUGGUAAUAAAGUGACCGAUUGGUGUGGGCAUAAUGAAUGUGAUAUGUACUCUCCGUGGUGGAUCACUGGAAGCCAUCCCAAAGAAGAAGAUGGUAUUGUGAGAAGACAAAUCUGCCCUCGUAUUUCCUUCAUGAGAUGCUGCUAUUAUUUAGCUGAAAACCCAAACUUUAUUUUGAUCAAGAAAUGCCCUGGUGGAUAUUUUGUGUACAGUGCAUCGCUACUAAAAACGGCUUGUGUCACAGAUCGUUUUGCACAGAAACAGACAGUAGCGACCCCUGUCUGAGCAGUAACUGCACCGAUGGCUGCACGAAUAACAACGGGACAUUUGAAUGUGUCUGCCCAAAAGACAAAGUGCUAGAUGGAAGUGACUGCGUUUUACCAUGCUUAAUAAAAAACGGUGGUUGAAGCCAUAACUGCUCAAAUAUCCACGGGAAACCAUCUUGCUCGUGUCCGGCAUACCUCGUGUUGGGAAAUGACAACAAGACUUGCGGUACUCUCGAACAAUCAUUUUAAUAGCGCUUGAAAAAAAAUUGGUGAAAAUUCCUACAUUGAAGGUGGUCUAUAAUAAAAUGGAAAUAAAAUGAGUAUAAUUUUGCAAUUUCUUAAUUUUAAUAUGUCACAGAAACUAACAAUUGUUCGUCAAAUCAUUCGAUAAAGUCGUUGUUCAAGUAACAGUAGGUAAUUUAUAAUGUUGGUGUGUUAUUCAGUGAGUAAGUGUCAAAUAGGAAAUGGCGGGUGCAGUGACUUUUGUCAUGAAGAUAGAAAAGGCGAGGUUGUCUGCAGUUGUCCAGCAAACAUGAUCGUUGGCUCCGACCAGAAAACAUGCAAAACGUCUUGUACUAUCAACAACGCAGGGUGCAGCCAUUUUUGUAACGAUACUGACCAUGGGGCAGUGUGCGACUGCCCACCAAACCUUAAGCUUGGCUCAAACAACAAGCUCUGUGAUGUGAACGUCAAUGAAUGCAAAACUGUUCCUAAUUUGUGUUCAUCCAACGCUAGCUGCAUCAAUACUUUUGGGUCUUACAAAUGUGAAUGUAAACCAGGAUUCAAUGGUGAUGGUCAACAGUGUGUGGUGGAAAAAUGGAGCGACCCAUCUACAAAAAGGUGUCUUUGCCGCGUUCGUGCCGAGAUAAGCGAGACGUCCAUAGGGCCCAUCCUCUAUGAGUUUCCGACGCUUAUCUACGGGUUCAGCAAUGUGUGGGUAGAGGAGGCCAAUGCAUCUUCUCCCGUGCCUGUCACCGACAGAUAUCCUGGCUUCUAUUCUACCCGUAGGCGGCGCCAGCUGACAAUUCCCGACUUGUACACCUGUUUGAAGGUACUGCGCGAGUGCCCGGCCGACUGUGAGAGGUUGUCGAAACUUACCUUGGGCGACGCAGGCCUGGGUAAGAAGUUUUCUGUUCAAAACUCAGCUGGUGUAGACGCCAAGAAAACUCUUGGACAAAUUUCGUGCGAAAGAUUUGGUCAUGACAUCGCACCACCAGGCAAGCGAGUGGUCACAUUUUACAAGCCGCCUCGUGCAUGAAUGUGGCACUGAACUGUCCACUCUUGUAUUUUACCAGCGUUUUUGCUGUACAAAUUAUAACCUGCCUGGAAUCGGUUCCCUUACUUUGUAUAACGUAAAAUGCACGAAGGACAUUGCCUUAACCGAUAUUUUUGGCUAGAGGCAAUUUCUGUCAUGAAACAAAUGCCAAUAGCCGUAAACUCUUGGAAUAAUGCCUUUUGACGCAGUUUUUGAUUAGUAUUGAAUUACACAUAGGAUUGCUUUUGAAUAACACGAAUCAUACAAGAUUGACAUUUGUCUUAUUUCGAAUUUUCGUAUUUAUUCAUGCCCAAAAUGAAAAUCAAAGUUACUUAUGUUUAAUGCAUAAUUGUAAACUCUAAAAUGACCAUGUCAUUGGCAGUUUCUGAGAGUUUAGGAUAAUCGCUAACACAAUAACAUAAUGAAAAUAAAUAUAAAAAGCGGAUAUGGUUAUAAUAAGACUAACUAUGCAAAAACACAAUUUUUGCACCUUUUUUACCUUCUGCCAUAAUAUGUUUUGACUGCCAUUUUGUUUUUUUGCUAAAACGUAAGUAUAUUCACUAGUCUUAAUGUGCUCUUCUGAUAGGAAAAACAAUAAAAAAACUCUUA